CCAACAAACAAUUCAGGCUGUAGCUGCAGAAUUCGAACAAAACUUGCAUACAAUCAUACGGAAACAGCAUAAGGACAAUUGCGGUACAACAAUGACGUGCAAUUAUGAUGUCACAAACAAUUGCAGCAAUGGAAGCAGGGCCCGUGCAUUGAUGGCUCCCACAGACGGGAGUACAUCAAAAGAACAAGGGUGUGUGCCGCCACCUAGUGCCAAAGUGGAGCGACUCGGUUCAGACACCAAGCCCAGUACAAGGCAGCAUGAGGCAUCACAAUGUUCGAGGCCCCCAGUCUUCAGUCAGUAG